AUGUCUCGGCUUCUCUUCAAGCUCUCUCCCCUGAUUCACAAGAGGAGCGCUCGUUCGUUUUCUUCCUCCACGACCGGUCCGUUUCUGUCGCUUAGCGUCGGUGCAGGACCUUCUUCGGAAGGCGUCAGCAUCGGUGAAGUGGUUUUGUUCGACCCUGCGAAAGAAGAGUUACUCAAGCUUACGGACAAAGCAAUUCCAGAAGAAAUCAUUUCAGCCAAAUGGAUCGGAGCUUCCAAGGGAUGGUCAUUUUACUCUGACACACAAGACCGUUGCGUACUCAUGAGCGACUUUUUGAACCCAUGGGCUAGCGAAUCAAAACCCAAGCUCUUGACUCUGCCUCCGCUUAACCCUCUGCUCUCUUGCCAAACUGAUUUGAUCUGGAACGUGGCAAUGUCCUGUUGUCCUGAUGACGAUGAAGACUGGGUUGUUGGCAUCAAGUCCUUGGGUGACCAGCUCAGUUUCUGUAGGCCACGUCGUGACUUGCGUUGGACCAAGUUCCAAACCCCUUUUGACUAUUUCCCAACCUCGAAUCUGACGUACUCCAAGAGAGACAGGAAGUUCCACUUGCCUGGUCCUGGAGGCCAUCACUUGUUAUCCUACGAUCUUCACUUCGACAAAGCCGACCAGCCUGAGUUCCACGAGUUGAAGUUUCGCAACUUUCCAGAGUCGUUCAAGUAUGACUCAGAGCUAUCGGAGCUGUUUCCUUCUUCUUGUAGGACAGAACGCUUUGUGGAGUCACCCUCCGGAGAUGAACGUUUCCUUGUCAAAUGGUACGCCAAGGGUUGCUUGGCUUAUUCGAGUAAAAUCUCCUAUGAAACGCAGCGGUUCAUGGUGUUUAGAGAGGAGGAGACUACAGAAGGAAGGUUCAUGUGUUACACUGAUGACAUUGGAGAUCUCUGCAUCUUUGUUUCAAAGAGCGAGGCCUUUUGCGUCCCGGCAAGCUCUGUUCCUGGACUUAAGCCAAACUCCAUCUAUUUUGUUGGCUUUGGCGUAGGUAUCUACGAUCUUACCACCAGAGAUGUCUCUAGUUUUAAUGCUCCCAAAGGUGCACUGAAUCAUAUUGUGAACCGUUACUGGUUUCCUCCAUCUUCUAGCUAGUGCUACGACUGCACGGCUUUGUUUGCUUCGGUUUUACUAUCUAUCGACUUGCUUAGAUCUAAAUAUCGGUCAUCUAUGUUCCCUUUUGACUG